GUUUUGUCGAGCCAUCAGUGUUCUACAGUUUUACCGAGCAACACAGCUAACUAACCAAAAUGGCACGUACCAAGCAAACCGCCCGUAAAUCCACCGGAGGCAAGGCCCCGAGGAAACAGCUGGCCACCAAAGCCGCACGUAAGAGCGCACCAGCCACCGGAGGAGUGAAGAAGCCACAUCGUUACCGUCCGGGUACAGUCGCUCUCCGUGAAAUCCGUCGUUACCAAAAGAGCACCGAACUGUUGAUCCGCAAAUUGCCUUUCCAACGCCUGGUUCGUGAAAUCGCCCAAGACUUCAAGACCGAUUUGCGUUUCCAGAGUUCCGCCGUUAUGGCUCUGCAGGAAGCCAGUGAAGCAUACUUGGUCGGUCUUUUCGAAGACACCAACUUGUGCGCCAUCCACGCCAAGCGUGUCACGAUCAUGCCAAAAGACAUCCAAUUGGCUCGUCGUAUCCGCGGAGAACGUGCUAUAAUAAAAUAUUGGAUAGAAACAUUAGAAACAAAAAUUACUACUGGAUUUAAGAAUUGGAAAUCAUCCCUGUUGCGGCAUACAAAUACAAUGGCUCGUACUAAGCAAACCGCCCGAAAAUCGACCGGAGGAAAGGCUCCCAGGAAACAGUUGGCAACUAAAGCAGCACGUAAAAGCGCUCCCGCCACUGGUGGAGUGAAGAAACCCCAUCGUUAUCGUCCUGGAACAGUCGCUCUCCGUGAGAUCCGUCGUUACCAAAAGAGCACGGAACUGUUGAUCCGCAAAUUGCCGUUCCAACGUCUGGUCCGUGAAAUCGCCCAAGACUUCAAAACCGACUUGCGUUUCCAGAGUUCCGCUGUCAUGGCCUUACAGGAAGCUAGUGAGGCUUAUUUGGUCGGUUUAUUCGAAGACACCAACUUGUGCGCCAUCCAUGCUAAACGUGUUACGAUCAUGCCAAAAGACAUCCAACUAGCCCGUCGUAUUCGCGGAGAACGUGCAUAAACUUACAUUUAACAAAUUAGUCCUUCUUA